UGUAUCGCGUCGUUAUUCAAUUGCGUAUACCCGUGACGAUGUCAGCCACUCGUUAUCGUCGCUUUCUCAAGUUGUGCGAAGAAUGGCCACGCGACGAGCGCAAGAAAGGUCGAGAUUUGGGAACGUUUCUCCGGCAGCGAGUGGCAGCCGCGUUCCGCGAGGGCGAAAACACACGGAUCUCAGACACAGAGAAGUGUGAUCAGAUUUAUGAAAGUCUGGCAAGAAUUAAUGCAAACACAUACAAACAGCGCUUUCCUCGCGUGAAAGACACAAGCUUCACUGGAGUCACAGCAGAAGAGUGUAAAUUAAUGUUGUCAGGUAGUGGGCAGGAAUCAGAUGAUGAAAAAAAGAGUUUCUGGAAAACAUUAACAGAGAGGUUUUCCUCCAAGUCACCAGAAGACGUUCCAGAGAAAGCACCUGAAAAAUAACUUUUUAUAUACUUAUUUUGUUUAUAUGUAUGGAAAUAAAGAUUAUUGCUAUAUUUGCUCAA